UUGCGCCAAAACAGAGCAAUACACAGGAGAUAGUGUGUGUGCAUGCUUCCUAUCAGAACAAGACGGUCUUUAAUUACUGCAGAUAAUACUUAAUAAUGCUCCUCUUACUCUUUGUCACUGUUUGUGGAAGUAUCGGCGUGGAGAGCCUCCCGUUGCCCGACUCUGGUCCACAUUUGGCAAAUGACUGGAGUGAAGCCGUCCGGCUACGACAUCUGUACGCAGCCAGACAUGGCUUACAUCUGCAAAUAAACACAGACGGAGAAAUCAGUGGAUCACACAUGCAAAGCUCGGACAGUAAGUUUGAUGGAGAUAUGGCCGGUGGACACAGGCUGCGUAGCCAUUAAGGGAGUUGCAAGCUCCCGAUUUCUUUGCAUGGAAAGACUGGGAAACCUGUACGGAUCGCACAUUUACACUAAAGAGGACUGCUCUUUUUUGGAACGCAUCCUUCCAGACGGCUACAACGUCUACUUCUCGAGCAAACACGGAGCUCUUGUGACUUUAAGUGGUGCGAAAAACAAGUUGCACAGUAACGAUGGGACUUCUGCAUCCCAGUUCCUCCCCAUGAUCAACACACUUUCAGAGGAACACACUAAACAGCACUCAGGGGAACAGCACUCUUCUGUUAACCAUGGACAGGACCAUCAGUUGGGCCUUGAAAUAGACAGUAUGGACCCUUUCGGAAAGAUCUCUCAAAUAGUGAUCCAGAGUCCCAGCUUCAACAAAAGAUGAGAAGUGAUUGAUCUCUUGUGGAUGUUCAUCGAAAACGACCUGAGGUCGAGAAAUAGAAGACUGUAGAAAAUCAGUCCUGCCACGAUGGUCAGGGCAAGACUUUCUGAAAGAAAAAAUGCUAGAAGGUCCAGUACAAACAAACUGCACACUAGACAAAUGUAAUGUAGACUGCAAAUGCAAAGCAAAAUCAC